UCCGAUAAGAAUUCAGCACUGAAGAUCGUGUAGUGUGAUGAAAUUCUUUUCUCAAUUAGUGUACUGUUUGUACCAACCAUAGGACUUUUACUUUGUAUAAGUGAAUUAGUGACAUUCACCAUGCUUGGUGGGGAAACUGGGGAACAGUGUGAGUUGGUAACAGGAUGGCUAGAGGGGUUCAAUCUCUCACACGAUUCUCUGUACGAACUGAAAGUUCAGCUGGAGAAACGACAGCUUAAUGACAUUUCUACUGCCAUGUCUUCUGAAGCCAAGUUAGUGAUCAGCCAGCUCAAGGAAGAGAGCAGAUACCACACGGAGGAGGAAGGAAGACCCGCAGGGGAAGGGGGCGAGGACACCAAACAACAAAAGUCAAAGCAUCGAAAAUCAAGCCGAAAAACUACCAAGAGCGGGAAAACGAAAAAGUUUGCCGAGACCUUCACCAGAAAUUUGUCCUUCCGACUUGACGGUGACAUCACCGAGCCUUCUAGAUCUGAAGAGGAUCUCAUGAAGAGGUCCUUAACGGGGGAUCACAUUGAGGUCACCAUGGAGACAGUAGAAAUCGUGGAGUCGCAUGCUCCGCCCAAAGAUAAUGACACGGAUGAGAUCGCUAUAGAAGAAAUGGCGAAGCUGAACUCCAUAGAUAAAUGUGUUGUGUGGAUGGAAGUUAAUGAUAGUGAAGAAAAGGUGACGUCAAAAGAACAAGACGUCACGUGACAGUGUCUUCUGUUUUGCAUGAUAUAUGGACAUAGUGAUAGUUAACGUGUCUUUGACAAUGAAUAAAAGGCAAAUUUUAUUAAAUGAAUUUUGUAUGAUAAAAGUUUAUAUUUUAUGCAUUAUUGAUUAAGCACACUUAAUACUGUUGAUGAGUUCAUUGCACAGUGGACUUUUGUUAUA